AUGGUGACAGCUCUCGUGUUAAACAAGAAGUAUAACUUUUCAAAGAUUGUGUUUCAUUACAUGGUAGAAAAUAUUACUUCGAAAAGCAAGACUUGGGUUUAUCCACGAUUUGUUCAGAUGAUGUUAGACCAUGCUUAUCCUGAUUUGGAGAGAGAUGAAAACAAUGAUCUGUUGGAAAUAUUCUGCAUGGAUAAUGAGUCUUUGAAACAAUUGGCCAGAUAUCACCUAAACCAUCCAGAGCCAUCAACAAAAGCUGAAUUCUUUGGGUUCAUCAAAGACAAAAAUUACCAAGAUCCAGAUCCAAUUGAUCAUCAAAAGUGGAGGAAUGACAAAGAAAUGAAAGAAAAGAGUUAUGCAGAUGAGUUGAAAACACUUGAAGGCUUCAAAGAAACAAGAAACGAGUGGUUCUUAAAAGAAGAGAAAAAUAAGAGGAGCGGAAAAUCAACUCCGAAAGUUCAAGCAGAGGAGGGCUCAUCUUCUCAACCAAAGCAAAAGCGUCAAAAGAAAAAUGUUGAGACUAUGCUUGUUGAUGAAUCAGAGGAGGAAGAUGAAGGUGAAGCUGAAGCUGAAGUUAAUGUUGAAGGAGAUGUUCGUUUGUCUCCUGAAUCUGCAAAGUUGUUGAAAUCUCUUACUGAUUAUAAUGCUGAAACAGAGAAGACAGCUGGUGAUGAAGGUGAUAAUGAAGAUAAAAGUUCAUCAAGUUCAUCUGAUGAAGAUAUUGAUGAAACUGAACGUGCAAAGAGAAUUCAGGCCGAAAUAGAGAAAGAGAAGCAGCUCAAGAGAAAGAGGAAAGAAGAUAAAGAUGAUGAAUUGUAUAAUCCAUCUCCUGAGCAUGUUAUAGAGUCUCAGACACUUCCAUCAUCUGGUGGUAGGAAGAAGACAAGUGCAAGAAAGAGUGUGACUUCUUCAAAAGCAGCUAGAAGAAAGUUGAUUGUCAAAAAUUUUCCAAACAAUCCAGUGAAUAUUCCUCUUGAUGAUAUUGGAGAUUUCGACUUUGCGAAUAAUGAGCAAGUGAAGAGGUUAGAAAAGAAAGUAGAGGAAGUGUUAAUUGAAAACAAAAAGUUGGUGGAUAGGGAAAAGAAACUUGAGAAGCGUGUAAAGUCAGUUGAAGCUGAGAACUCUUCAUUGUUAAACAAAGUUGAAGCUGAUCAGGCAGAGAUUGAUAUUCUUAAAGUGAAAGUUGCUGAAUUAGAGGAAGAGAAAGCACGCAGAGAUGAGCAGAACAAGUACUUUGAGUUAAAGAACAACGAGUUGGAAUCUGCUAAAGCAAUGAAAGAACACGAGAUAUACAUGCUGAAUAAAGUGUUAGAAAACUUGCUUGGAAAGUCUGUUGAGCAGAGAUUUGAAGAGAUUGAAGUUGAAGAGGUUAGAGCUCGAUGUCAAGCUGAAAUUGAUGCUCAGAUGAAGAAUGAAGGCAAGGGUGUUGAAGGUAUUCCUAAAGUGUCUGAAAGAUCAAUUAUUCCAUCAACUGAAGACGUGUUGAUUGAUGAUGUUAUUGAUGACGAGGAAGAGGUUGAGGAGGAUGAUGAUGAAGAUGAUGAUGAUGAAGAUAAGGCAGAUGAUGCAGACGAUGUAUUCUCUGCUUGUAGUCACAGUGAUGAUGAUGAUGAUGACAAUGGUCAGGGUGGCACAGGAAUUAAAGUUACAGAAGCGUCUAAUGAAGAGAAUGUCGAGGAUUAUCUUCAUGAUGAUGUAAAUUAA